UUAUAAACAUGAAUUAACAGACUAGUUAGCGAGCUAGAUAACGAACUCUAAAACUCGAAAGCAUGAUUCUCAGUAAAAAUGUGUAAUUUUAUAUUUCACUCGGGCAGCUCUGACUGUCAUACGGAGCGUCCUAUAUUUUGCUGUAGAAUAUGGCAGCAUGACCAACAUUACCCAAUCACGGCGCAGAAAAACGUAAUAUACCUUACAAUUGACAAAUAAAUGAGAAAUGGUGUUUUUGCAGCUACAGCCAAUAGUUGUAUUCCUGGGUGAGAAUAUUAAUUGGCGUUGGCGUGCAUGUGUGGUUAUUGUGUGACGCAGGACACUCUUUAUAAGAUCAGCGGGGAGAUAGAGGCGACUGUGUCCAGCACGAAAGCGUUUGGGUCUCCGGAGAAGAACUGAGUCUGAGCGCUUCCCCCACUCACAUGGGAGGCGACUCAUGGAGCGUCUGUUCUGUAGUUAGCGACAUGCCGCUUUGCUCUGACCACCUUCACCCAGCCAUAGUCAUAUCUCAGAUACCUAAACUAGCUCUACAGUAAUCGAAGGAGCUACACACCCAGUCAGUUAACCUGGAGGAAAAAAGCGUAGCUGGCUAGCUAGCUAGCUGGCUAACGUUAGCUAUUGGAGCUGAGCAUCAUUCUUAUUUUUGUUGCCGUUUUCUUUUCUUUAAACAAAUCGCGACAUGACUUGUGAUCAGACAGUUUGAUGGGGCUCCUAAGGAUUAUGAUGCCUCCCAAGUUUCAGCUCCUGGCGGUGUUGGUAUUUGGAGUGGCAAUGCUCUUCCUUGAAAACCAGAUACAGAAGCUGGAGGAGUCCCGGGGAAAGCUUGAACGUGCCAUUGUCAGACACGAGGUGCGGGAAAUUGAACAGCACCACACCUUGGACGGCAGCAGGGAUAUUCUGCUGGAAGAGAGCGAUGAUAUGGUCAUCAUCUACAACCGUGUGCCCAAAACAGCCAGCACCUCCUUCACAAACAUCGCCUACGAUCUGUGUGGCAAGAACAAGUACCAUGUUCUCCACAUCAACACCACCAAGAACAAUCCCAUCAUGUCUCUGCAGGACCAAGUGCGGUUUGUGAGGAACGUCACAUCCUGGAGGGAGAUGAAGCCAGGAUUCUAUCAUGGACACGUGGCCUUCCUAGAUUUUACAAAGUUUGGAGUGAAGAGAAAGCCUAUCUAUAUCAAUGUCAUCCGGGACCCCAUAGAGCGUCUGGUGUCUUACUACUACUUCCUGCGCUUUGGAGAUGACUACAGGCCAGGCCUGAGACGGAGGAAGCAGGGUGAUAAGAAAACCUUCGAUGAAUGUGUGUCUGCGGGUGGAUCUGACUGUGCUGCUGAGAAGCUUUGGCUCCAGAUUCCCUUCUUCUGUGGUCACUACUCCGAAUGCUGGAACGUGGGAAGUAGAUGGGCUCUGGAGCAGGCCAAGUACAACCUGGUGAACAAGUACCUGUUGGUGGGUGUGACAGAGGAGCUAGAGGACUUUAUCAUGAUGCUGGAGGCAGCACUGCCACGCUAUUUCAGGGGCGCGACAGAGCUCUACCGCACAGGGAAGAAAUCCCACCUAAGGAAGACGAGUGAGAAGAAGCCCCCCACCAAGGAGUCUAUUGCAAAGCUGCAGCAGUCUGACAUUUGGAAGAUGGAGAACGAGUUCUAUGAGUUCGUGCUGGAGCAGUUUCAAUUUGUCCGAGCACAUGCUGUGCGGGAAAAAGAUGGGGAGCUGUACCUUCUUGCUCAGAACUACUUCUAUGAGAAGAUCUAUCCCAAAAUGAGCUAAAAUUGUUGGAUUACCAGAACAACAUUUACAAAAGACUGUGAGCUUCAGCCUCAAACUGUUGUCACAUACACUGCUGCGAAAAAGAAAGAAGGAAACCAUUACACCACAUUGCAUUUAAACCACAUGGCUGACUGUAGAGGGUGCUACUCAUGGGAGUUUUAACCAGCCCGCAAGCCCUUGCCAACAUACCACCAAUUAAAUUGACUCUUCCAUUUGUGUCGCAGCCCACUGCGCCAGGUUGCAGUGGCCUGCUCUUGAGUAUGAGUGCCGGCUAAGUCUUUGUAGAGGUCCAGUUCAUCGCCUUCCAUCAUCCUGGACAUACACUGUGACUGUCUGUUUUUCAUUUCCUGGCCUGUCCCAACCAGGUAAGCCAUGGGUGGUGUGCGCCAAUGACAUGCAAUAGGCACAACCAAAUGGCAGCAUUGCACGUCUAGAUGC